AUGCUAUUCUCCAGUCGCACUACAUCCCAUCUGUUACCCCGCGCCCUGACAGUUCGUCACUUUCCCACAAGAACAAUGGCCACCAAAGACUGGAGCGCGCAACAAUACCUCAAAUUCGAAGCCGAACGCACUCGACCGUCUCGAGAUCUCCUUUCGCAAAUCCCAUUGAAAUCGCCGAAGCGGGUCGUCGAUCUGGGGUGCGGCCCCGGGAACUCCACGGCGGUUCUCCUGAAGCAGUAUCCCGACGCUCACUUGACGGGCAUGGACUCGUCGCCAGAUAUGAUCCGCAAAGCAAGCGCGACACUGCCCAACAUCGAAUUCACAGUGGAGGAUUUGAACACAUACACACCACAGGAACCGGUGGACGUCUUCUUCUCCAACGCCGUGUUCCAGUGGAUCCCGCGAAAGGAGCGCCUUGAGGUUGUUAAACGAUUGAUUCGGUCGCAGCCAUCUGGCGGUGUCUUUGCUUUUCAGGUCCCAGAUAAUUUGACUGAGCCGUCUCACGCUGCCAUGCAAGAGACAGCGGCAAACGGUCCGUGGGCGGAGGCCUUGAGCACUGUCGGGCGGGACACCUUCCAAUCCCCUCAAGAAAUCUACGAUGAACUGAAACCUCUUUGCUCAGACGUCAAUGUCUGGCACACGCACUAUUAUCAUUCCCUCGAGAACCAUGAAGCAGUGGUGGAAUGGGUCAAAGGCACGGGUCUCCGCCCAUACAUUGACCCUCUCUCAGCUACGGAUAGAGAAUCCUUCUUGGAAGCCUAUCUAGGUCGCUUGGAAAAGCUGUAUCCAAAGACAAUUGAUGGACGAGUGUUGCUACGAUACCCGCGACUGUUUGUCGUGGCUGUACGCGCAUAA